GUGGUGGGUGGAUCCGACACCACAAUGACCAUGUCGAAAUGGGUGAUGGCAAGGCUGAUGAAGUAUUUAGAGAUAAUGAGAAAGGUCAUUGAAGAAUUAAGUGAAAUCGUGGGGUUGGACAACUUAGUUGAAGAGUCCCAUUUGCCUGAGUUGCAUUAUUUAGAUGUUGUCAUUAAAGAGACAUUCCGUUUGCACCCACUUGGUCCAUUCAUAGUACCUCGUAGUCCAAGUGAAUCUAGCAUCAUUGGAGGGUACCAUGUACCCAAAGGUUCUAGGAUUUUCCUCCAUGUUUGGGCUAUACAAAGGGACCCAAAGUAUUGGGACAAUCCAUUGGAAUUUAAACCUGAAAGGUUUCUAAAUAAUGCUUAUGGUAGAUUUGAUUAUUCGGGUAACAAUUUUAAGUAUUUUCCAUUUGGGUCAGGAAGAAGAAUAUGUGCAAGGCUUACGCUAGGGGAGAGAACACUCAAAUAUAUCAUGGCUUCAUUUUUGCAUUCCUACGAGUGGAAAUUGCCUCAAGGUUUAGAGAUGGAAUUUUCUGACACUUUCGGUGCUAUUACCGAGAAGAAGAACCCAACCAUUGCAAUUCAAACUCCAAGGUUAUCCAAGCCUGAGCUCUACACAUAA